UCUAAACGGAAUUUUUAUCAUUUCUAUCACUUCAGAAAUGUAGCUGUGAAAGGAAAUAUACAAUCAAUGGCAGAUUACAAAUAAAAGAACAUACUAAUAGCUCUUCUGUCAAAAUCAGGAGAAACAACAUGUCUACCAGGAUUUCAGCAGCAAAAGAAGCAAUCCCUCCAUCCGAUCAGCUGUGUUCAUCAUCAUCACCAUCCUGGCAUCAGUUGUAUAACAAUGACAGCACCAGUCAUUCACCGAUGUCUUCUUCUCUGCCCGAAGAACAGGUGCUGCCGAGUAACAACAUACCAAACUACAUGACACUAACUGAGUCCAUUAAGGCAAAACAUAACAAGCUUCAGCAGAAGAACAUAUAAUUCCUCUCCAUCUCAAUAUGGUGAUGAUAAUAACAACAGCAACAUGCAGAGACAUUCAUCACAGGAUUUACAACCCUGUCAGGGUAAAUCAAUCCCUCUUCGCCGCCAUGGGUCAUUGACAAUGAGAAGAAGUGCUGGAGCAGAUAAUAUGAUGAAGAAUGCUUGCAAGGAUCUCUAUCCUUCUCCUCCUUUGCAGCAGCCAGCAGGUAGUGAGAUGAAUGUGAUGAUGGUGAUUGGUGAAGAAUAUAUAUAGGAAGGAUCUUCAAAAGUAUUAAAUGAAGUGUGAAAUUUAUUGUUUACUGCUUUUAAUGUGUUGGUGUGAGGGAGGAGGUCUCAACAUCUUGUUGAGUUGUGUGUAGAAACUGUGAUGAUAGGACAAAAGAAUGACUACACACAUAUAUGUAAUCAGUGGUGACCUUGUUGUUAUAUUGUUGUUACAAUGUACUUUAUGUUAUAGUAUCUUAUCUUACAUACAAAACUAGUUGCAUUUAAAAAAGUAAUUGGAGCAAACAUGGGGAGAUGCAUAGUUUAUCAAACAUGAUAUGUGAGAACUGUAUAUCCUCUUAAGUACUUCAUUAUUCUAAGAUUACAAAAUAAACUUUGAACUUUUGAUGUAAAUAAAAAUUGAUAUUAAAUCUCAAAAACUGCAAUCUCUGUGAGUUAAACCAGAUAUAGAGAUGUUUGGUGUAAACCGAACAUAUUUGGGUUAGUGUCUAAAGGAGCCUAAAAACAUGUGUUUUUUUUGUUAAAAAACAUGUUGUAGAAUAUAUUUUAAUGACAUUGAAAUUCAUUGUCAGGAAAAAGUAUUUAGCUAACUUUUGUGGGGUUCACUUAAGUUUUUUUUACUGUCUAAAGGUAUCUUCACGAACAGAUACCUGUCAAUGUACACAUCAUAUCUUUCAAGGAGUUAUCUCUAUAUUUGGUUUAAACAUAAAAAAAACAUAUUGAAAAUUACAUCCACUCCUCGAAAUUCAUCGCAUAUAUACAUGUCAGAACAGGUGAUAUGUGAUCGGAUGACUUAUUUAUACUUAUCAAUAUUAGGUUGCCAUACAUGUAUUUUGGUUAGUUUUCUAGUUAGUUCUGGAAUUGAAUCUCAUCGAAAGUCAUCUGAAGGUAUCUUCAAGCAGACAUCUAAGGAAAUUUUAUCAAUCUAUCACUUUAGAAGUGUAAUAGUGAAAGGAAAGAUACAAUCAAUGGCAGAUUAUAUAGUCUAUCAAACUGCAGUUAGUGAUCAAGCUUUAGUGAUCACUCCGCUAGAAAAUUGAGUAAAAAUGGAGUGAUUCAAAUUUGAGAAGUUUUUUUACUUGAAUAAAAAAGGAACAUGGACUAAAAACACUUUCCCAUACUAAAAUCGUCCAUAUCAAACCCAAAGCAUCAUACAUUGACUUAUUUUAUUAGGCUCACAUAAUGACUUACCAUAAAUUCCCAAUUCUUUGAUCAUAAUAUAUACACCUAUACCUGUAAUGUGAAACAAAAUACCUCCCAACUGAUAUGGUAUAUUCAGCUCACUAAUAUUAAUUGUUUAUGGACUCCUGAUAAUUUGCAUUCAUAAAGGUUAAAUAAAUUUAUGAAAGUAUGCACUCUUUAAGAACCUGGAAAUUAGUCACAAUCAACACUAUGGUUUUCUGCUCAAAGUGUCUGCAUAUGUUACAACCCAGUGAGUAUAUCUAUAUAAGCUUCAUGUGCUUUGUUUUUGUUUGGUAGAACUCUCUAAACACUACAAAACAUUUAUCCUGGAGUACAAUUUCAAUGCAGAUAAAAAACAAUGUCAAAGUUAUCUCCCAAAAGUAAAACAAAAACAGGAAUGAGAAACAGUGCAAUGGCAGAAAUUGCCAUCCAACUAAAAAAAAUGCUUUAAACACAUUUUCAUCCAAUUGCUUACCCCUUUCCAUCCAUAAUGUUAAAAGUGCGUUACUCCACUGGUCACUUUGACACCUAAACAGUCCCUGCAUGUCUGAAAGCUUUAAUAUAUUACAUUUUCGAGAAAUGAGCACUGUACCUACCACCAAUCAUGCAAACACCCACCACAGCACAUUCUCCUCUAUUAUGUUUCCCAUCCAAGGCAUCCAGCCAGUGGCGUAUCCACUAUGGGGGCAGCGGGGGCGGCUGCCCCCACUCAACCCCAACCCAACCCCUAUAUAUAUCUAAAAGUUUAUAAGAAAUUGCUCAAAAUAAGAGUUAAAUGUAGAAAAAAAUCUAAAAUAGGACUAAGAACGUUUUCUUUCAUAUUAAAAGAAAGAAAGACUAAAAAAAUCACUAAAUUUUGUUAUGUUUAACUUAUAUUUAGAUAAUUUUCUCAAACUUCAUCUGUAAUUACAUCUUUACACACGUAAUAUAAAUUAAUCUUCUUUUUAUUCAUACAUACUUGUACAUAUAUAUCUUAAACUAAAUUUAAUCAAACAAUAUUAAUAAUGGCAUUUGCUAUUUGUAAAAUAUGAGACUAAAUUGUAGUGCAUGCUUGCCCCCACUCGCCAAAUUUCCUGGAUACGCCAUUGCAUCCAGCCAUACAAAGGUAUGUGACAUUGGGGGUAUCAAGGGUCUCAACUCUCAACCAUUCUGUUUCCCUCUUCCCAAGUCAGUUCAAGCUUCUCUUUUCUAGAAAAUAAAAGCUAGAACUCAAAGUAAGACAUGAUAAUGAAUUUCAAACAUACCUGAAAGGAAAGAAUUUUUUAACAAAACCAGGCAUAUAUUUAAGAUUCAAGAUUAGCUGAGCUAAAAAAUUAAAGUUAUCUAUUAUCUCAAAUCAACACAAAAAUCAGAUAUGAAAGGAAACCCAAACAUAUAGCAUAUGAACAGUUGAACACCAUAAUGUGCUUUACAAUACAAUCGUAGAUUGUCAGGGAAUGAUUUGGUGGGUGGGUUUUUACCAAAUAUUUUUUUAGCUCAUUUGAAAGUCCAAGAAUUCCAAAUUUGACAAUGAAAAUAAUAGUAACCCCUACCCAAAACCUCCACUUUCCCUCCAUAUUUGUCCUUCCCUAGAAAUUUAAAAGUUCAAGAAUUCCCCAGAAAUUGAGCAGCUCAUCAGCAAACGGGAGAGAGCAAAUGGAGGGUUAUUUUAACGGCAAAAAGGCCAUGCUCAAAGCCAUUCGCUCUUUAUAUAUUAGAAGAUAUGAGGAAUUGUGCCAUUUCAAUGGCCUACCAAUCUCUAUGAAAUACAAAACUUGUUAAUCACCAUAUUGAAUUAAUCCAGUUUCUACUAAACAAUGCAGUAUGGCACAUUGAAAAGAAAAAAUUACAAAUUCCAAAAGUUUAAGUGCAAAAAACAUACACUAUGUCACCCCUUCUUGGCAUUUGGAAUCUCCCGAGAAAAACCAACUUCAGAAAGAAAUCUUGAUAAAAAUCCUCCAGAUUUGCUUUGACCAGUAUUUUCAUUACGGGAAUUGCUCAAAUUGCUUAUUAGAGCCCAGUGAGUGUCAAAGUCAGGCUCAUACCCAUUUUGUUGCAUUUUGUGUAAGACCUGGGAUGCUUUGAUAAAAUUGUUCCCAAACCGGUACGCAUUAACUACCGCACAAUACAUUUCCCUGCUUGGGGUCUCGCUAAUCUGAACUAUGGAAUGGAUUAACAUUUCUGCCUCCGCAACUCGUCCUCCAUUGCAUAAGCUAUGGGUAAGUUUGUUCCAAGUGUUGCUGUUUGGUAUUAGGUUCCUGCAUAACAUCUCAGCAUGAAAGUCCAGAGCUUGAUCCAAAAUGUUACAAGAACAGAAACUCUGAAUAACAUAAUCAAAACUGGCAGUGUCUGGGUCAUUCCCUUUCCUUAACAUUAUGUUCAGAAGAUCUACUGCUUUGUAUACUUCUGCAUGCUGACAAAACCGCUUAAUAAGAACAUCAUAGUUUAUGUUGGAUGGGAUUAAGUCUUUUUGUGCUAUACGGUCCAACAACUCUAUGGCUUCACUGAAGUUGCCAUUCGUAAGAAGGCCUUCAAUCAUAGCAUACUGAGUAAGUGAACCAAGAGCCCAACCUCUCAAUUCCAUUUCCUUGCUCAAGUCAAGAGCUUUUUCUAGCUCCCCAUUGCAGCUAAGGCAUUUUAUAACCUCUCUAAGACUGCGAUUAUUUGGCUUCAGAUCUUUUUGCAUCAUGUCUUUCAGAUAUUGAAAUGAACAUUUUGCAUCAUUACACAUGGAGAAUCCCUGAAUGAGAAAAUUGUAAGUCACUUCUUCAAGGGGUUGCAUUUCAUGCACAAGUGUAUUCACAACUGAAGUUUUUUUCACUGAAAACAGGUGAAAAAUCAGUAUACUAUAUAUCACUGAGUGUGGGAGGUUGUUUUGCUUGAUCAUAACCAUUUUCAAGCUCAGUGCAAGACAGAGCUUGCCUUCUGCAAACAUAAGGCUCAUUAAACUUCGAUAGCUUGCAAGUGUAAGAUCCAAGUUUUUACGGAUCAUGACACCAAACAGCUCUCCGAUUUUCUUGAAGUUUUUAGCUUUAGAGUACCCCUGAACUAGAGGAUUAUAGGCUUCCAUGUCAAAGGACAGCCUAUGUCUAUGUAUCUCUUGGUAGAGGUUUGAUGCUUCAUCUACCAUCCCAGACUGGCAAAAACCAUGCAAUAGAGCACAGUGCAGAUAAAACAAAGCAGAAGGUUGUUUUCUUGAGACACUAUCUUUCAAAAAGACAGCUUUCUCGAUUUUACCAGUCCUGCAUAGCCAUGGAAUUAAAACAUUACAUACAUCCAAGGGCAGAGUGAAAUUCUUAGCAAGCAUAGUUUCAGAUAUCAAAAAAGCUUCAGAAAAUUUCUUCUCUUUACAGAGGACACUGAUAAGAUGGCCAUAAGACAUGUCAUCAGGGUUGUAGCCACGGUUUACAAGUGUCUCGACUAAAACACGUGCAGAGUUUGUAAACCCACAGGCACAAAGCUGCUCAAAAUACUCAUUAAAAGAAUUACCAAAGUCUUCCUUGUGAGGGUAGUGCACUAACAUGACCUCAAAUAGCUCUAGAGCCUUGUCAAGAAAUCCUUGUCGGCAUAGGCAGCUGAGAAGAGUUUUGCCAUCCUUCAAACCAGGAUACCAGUUAUAUCUUUGUGCAAGCUGCCAGUAGUUAGCUAGAGCUCGCCGGUCGCCUUUCUUGCAUAGCCCAAUUAACAGGACAGUAUGUGUUUUAUUCUCAACACUUUGAUGCCUCAUCAUCAAUCCCUUAACAAUUAUUCGAGCCCUGCGCAUGAAGCCUUUUUUACCAAAAGCUUGAGCAAGUGUAUUUAACGUUUCAUGAUCAAGCUGAUGAUAGUUAAAGAUAGGGUUUUCCUCUGACCAAUGGACAACUGUUUUCAUACUGCCACGGCAUUCACAAAUCCCUUUGACUAAUGUUGUGAACAAAGGCAGGGACACCAUUUGACCCCACUUACCCAUAUGGUAUACGGUUAAAAUAGCUUCUUUAAUGUCUUUAUUGCUCCCAAUACUCUUCAAUAUUUGGGACUUGAAAUCUGGAAGCAUGGCAUUAUCAAGUACUUCAGUCAUAGUAGUCUCAUACUUUCCGAUAUCUGUAUCCAGAAAAAGUCCAUUCCCAAGGUUAUCGAAAAAUUCUGCCUUAGAAUAUCCAAACCCACUGUCUCUUCUUAUCUUCACAUCAGAAGGAGCAAGUCCCAGCAGUGUAAAAGCUUUGCUAAGUGGGUCUUCUAGAGAUAUUGGUUGGAUGAAACCACAGUCUGCCAUCUGGGAAACUGUUGCUUUGACUUCAUGAAAGAGUCUAGCUUUACAGUAUCCUGCUAAGAGAACCAAGAAAGUUGACAUAUGGAGCACUUCUGCCCGAUCCUUCAUUUCAUAGAUAAUUUCUUGAGAGUGCUUCCACAUACCCUUCUUGAAAAACCCACUCAAAAGAGCGUCAUAUGAAUAUAUUUGAGGUUUCAGAUUUCUUGACAGAAUCUCAGAAAAAUAAAUGAAGGCAUCCUUCAUUUUACCUUCACGGCAACUCCAACCAAUCAAAAUCCCAAAGGUUAUUUCAUUGGAACAAAAACCUAGUCCUUCGAGCUUCAGGCGGAACGAAUUGGCAAAAUCUGAACCAUAACAUGUACACAAAGAAUGCAUGAUCUUGUUGCCAACAUGUAAAUCGGGGAUGCAUCUUGCUUCAACAAAGAAACUAAGUAUAUCAUCAUAAUCCUUCUUCUCACAGUAUGCAUUGACCAUUGAACUGAGAACUAUAUCAGUGGGCUUAAAUCCAAGAGCUAGAACUUUCUUAACAAGAAUUCUAGCAUCCUGAACUUUUCCUUCUAGACACAACAUCCGAACAACUCCCCCAUAAAUAGACCCUUCUGCUACUAUCUUUCCCAGACCGAGCUCUAUAGCAUCAGCAAAAAUUUGAGGCGCCAAAUGUGUCACAUUUAAUUGAACCAAGAACUCGAGAAGGUGUUGAUAGCAGAGAGAGGAUGGGGAUAAACCUAGAAUUCUCAUUCUAUCAUAAUUUGAAACAGCCUUCUUUAAUUGGAGCUCACCCACAUACCCUUGAAUCAAAUUACUGAAAAUUUCAUGAUCAUCCAAGAGAAUUCCCCUAGUUCCAGCCACCGAAAGCAAGCAUUCAACCUCCUCAAACAGCUGAACCCGGACAAGCAAUGAGGCCAUGAUCUUGUAAGAUUGAGGAAGAUGCCCAAAACCCUUACUCUGCUCCCCAGCCCGCCUAAAUAUCCCCCACAAAGAUUCAACCUUUUUAGCCUCAAGCUGAAAAUUAUCUCCACCACAUUGAAAACCCAGCAAAAUUUGAAGAACAUCUUGAGGUUUUAACUCAGGAACCCUCCAGAAUUUGCGAACAGUUUCUGGGGAAAUACAAGAAAGCGAAAGGAGGCACUCUUUGAGAUAAGAGUUGACUGAGGUUUCUCCUUUGCUUCUGUCACGGAGAGGUGAACAUAUUGAUAUCACAUGUUUUGCAAUUCCAUGAAAGUUAAUCGCAGUUGCUUCAUUGAUGGUUGGUUUCGCAGCUGAUGCACAAGAUUGCUGCGAAGCGUGGACUGUAAAGGAGGACAACGGACAAUUAUAUGGUAGGAAAUGACUGAAAUGGGGAAGAAGGAAAUGAACCCUCUUGAUGUGCUGCUUUCUUGAUUGUUGAAGAUUGAAUAGAAGUUGAAGCAUUCGACUGCAAUGAAAAAGCUACUAGUGUGGAGGAGUAAC